CCCCCCCGGAUCGGAACCUAGACAGCGCCUCGCCUUAGCCUGGACCCCCUGACCUGCCGCCGCCGCCGCCGCCACGGAAUAGGGGCAGAAGGCGGAGGCUCUAAUUCAGACAUGGUGGACUGAAACUCAGGAGAGUUUCCUGGCCGAUUGCAAGAGUCUGCCUCCCUCCCUCCACCCACCCAGGGCUCCUGGGGAAGGAGGGGGGGCGUCUUUCGCUCCUUCCCGCUUUCCUCCUUUCUUUCUUGUUUUCUGUCCCCAUGGAGGAGCUGCCCCCCGCCCUCAACCAUGCCUAGGAAAGUGGGGAAUGGGCAGCUGCCCUUACCCGAUGGCUGGGAGGAGGCGAGGGAUUACGAUGGGAAAGUCUUCUACAUCGAUCACAACACCAAGCAGACCAGCUGGAUCGACCCCCGAGACAGGUUAACAAAGCCAUUAUCCUUUGCAGACUGUGUUGGAGAUGAGCUACCAUGGGGAUGGGAAGCCGCAUAUGAUCCUCAGAUUGGUGUCUACUAUAUCGACCACAUAAACCAAACCACACAGAUAGAAGAUCCAAGAAAACAAUGGAGGCAAGAACAAGAGAAAAUGCUAAAAGAUUAUCUCACUGUGGCACAAGAUGCACUCAGCACUCAAAAAGAACUAUACCAUGUGAAAGAACAGAGACUGGCACUUGCCUUGGAUGAAUAUGUGAGGCUGAAUGAUGCUUACAAGGAGAAAUCAAGCUCUCGUACGAGUUUAUUCUCAAGCUCCUCUUCCAGCACUAAGUAUGAUCCUGAUAUUCUGAAGGCGGAAAUCUCUACUACAAGAUUAAGGGUUAAAAAGCUGAAGAGGGAACUCUUGCAGAUGAAGCAAGAAUUACUAUAUAAGGAGCAAGGCUAUGAAACAUUGCAACAAAUUGACCAAAAAAUGUCUGGAGGCCACAGUGGAUAUGAACUAAGUGAAGCCAAAGCCAUUGUAAAUGAACUGAAGUCUAUAAGAAAGGCUAUAAGCUCUGGUGAGAAAGAGAAGCAAGAUUUAAUGCAGAGUCUUGCAAAACUGAGAGAGAGGUUUCUCCUCGACCAAACUAUUGGCAGAUCAGAAUCAGAUUUGAGGUGCAGCCCAGCACACUCCCAGCUGUCUCUCUCUAGGCAGACUUUGGAUGCGGGGUCUCAGACAGACAUUUCUGGUGAUGUUGGUGUCAGAAAUAUGACCAAUUUAGCUGAAAAGGUCAGAUUAAGUCUCCAGUAUGAAGAAGCCAAAAGAAGAAUGGCAAACCUAAAGAUUGAACUGUCUAAGUUAGAAAGUGAAGCUUGGCCAGGAGCGCUGGAUAUUGAGAAAGAGAAGUUGAUGCUGAUUAAUGAAAAGGAAGAGCUUCUGAAAGAGCUUCAAUUUGUCACCCCAUGUAAACGCACUCAAGAUGAAUUGGAGCAUCUAGAAACAGAAAGGAAGAGGCUGGAAGAGGAGCUAUCUGUGAAAAGCACACCUAGUGAUGAACUUUCAGAGAGGUUAAAAUUGGAAGAGAGAAGAAAUAAAUUGGUUAAAAAACUUGAAGAAACGAGUAAGCUAACUACUCAUUUGCAUUUGCAGCUUAAAAGUCUCUCUGCCAGUACGUUAUCUAUGUCUUCAGGGAGCAGCCUGGGGUCCCUGGCAUCCAGUCGGGGAUCACUGAACACGUCCAGCAGGGGAUCACUGAAUUCCCUUAGCUCUACGGAGCUGUAUUAUAACCAAGGUGAUCAACCUACAGACUUGGACUAUCAGUAUAAGCUGGACUUCAUAUUGCAAGAAAAAUGUGGUUACAUUCCUUCGGGCCCUAUCACCACAAUUCACGAGAAUGAAGUGGUCAGUUCCCAUGGGAGAAUGGGAUAUAGUGAUUCUUCCGGCUCUUCGGCAGCAAGUCAUGUACCCAAAUCAACGGAACCUCCAAAAUCUGUGACAUCAUUGUCUUCAAGAUCCUCCCUUUCCUCCUUGUCCCCUCCUGGAUCACCUUUGGUUUUAGAAGGUGCAUUCUCAGUGCCUCCUCAAGACUCUCCAUUGCAUCACCUCACCACAGACUUUGAGGACUGUGAUUUACCCAGUGACUUUGCAGCCAUUAGCCUUUGUGGGAACCAAAUGUUGUUGGACUCUGAAACCAGAGUAUCUUCUCAAUCGCUUAUGCAUGAUAAAGACCUCAAUGAAAGUGUUAGACAGACCAUGUCACCUUCAAGAAAUGCAGGUGUUGACUUACCAAGAAGAACAGCAAGUCACCUGCUUGAGGAAAAGGCAGGGUGUGUAUCUGCUGCAGUAUCUGAUGAGUCCGUGGCUGGAGACAGUGGCGUAUAUGAAGCUUCUUUAAAACAACCAAAUGAUAGUGAAGAGGUUGCAUAUAGUGAAGAUGAUACCACAGUUCUAGAGACAGCUCAAGUGGAAAUAGGACUCAGAUAUGAUGCAAACAGCUCGAGUUUUGUGAUAAUUGUGGUGCAGUUACAAAAUCUUCAUGCCCUUUCUAUAUCCCCUGGCUCCAAAGUGUAUUUUAGAAUUGCUGUUCUCCCAUCUUCAGCUGAUAUCAGCUGCCUAUUCCGCACAAAAGUGCAUUCUGCUGCUGAAACUCUUUUAUUUAGUGAGAUGUUCAGAGUAGUCAUUUCCCAGGCAUCUUUGCAUCAGAAGACUUUGAGAGUGGAUGUCUGCUCUGUCAGUAAAACUCAUCGGGAAGAAUGCCUAGCUGGAACUCAGAUAAGCUUAGCAGACAUGUUGUUUUCAAAUGAGACUUCUACUCUGUGGUAUAACUUGCUGGCUUGCAAACAGAUUCCUGGCAGAAAGAAUAAAGAGCAAAAGGAGGAUUCUAUAUUUGUACCAAACAAUCAGUCUUCUGGCUCCUUGGACUUGGAUGCUGUGUCAGCAUUACUAGAAAGGACAUCAGCCGAGCUGCAAGCAGUUGAACAAGAGUUGGCAGAGGAGGAGGAAGAGGAGGAAGAGGAAGAAGACAAGGAUGUACAAGAGCCAUUGAAUGCUGAGGAAGAUUGGCUAGGAAUACUGGCAGAGGCAGAGGCAUCCAGUGAGAUUGUGACAGAAGAAGAGGACAAUGUUAAAGGGACAGAGGAAGGUGGAUAUAGAGAUGACAACAGAUUCUGCUCUACAUUGGUAGAGGCAGAUGAAAUCAAGGAUGGAGAAGAUAGCAACUGUACAGAUGUGUGUUACAAUGAGCAAACAACUGUAUCACCCACACUGGUGGAUAAGGAAACUAACACAGAAGACAGAACCGAGAAUGUGGCUGUACGACCCAAGGACAGACCCAGCCUGAAGUCUCAACAGAAUCCCUUUGUCAGGAACAGCAUGAUCGUGCGCUCACAAACCUUCUCUCCAGGCGAGCGGAACCAGUACAUCUGUAGGUUGAAUCGAAGUGAUAGUGACAGCUCAACAUUGGCCAAAAAGUCUCUCUUUGUGAGAAAUGCCACAGAGCGGCGGAGCUUGAGAGUUAAAAGGCCUGCCUGCCAGCCUAACAUGCGAAGGGCAGCACAGGAGCGCCCUGUCCGCACUUCUCUUGACUUGGAGCUGGAUCUCCAGGCUUCUCGAACACGACAGAGUCGCCUGAAUGAUGAACUGCAGACGCUCCGUGAUCUUAAGCAGAAGCUGGAGGAGAUGAAAGCAAGAGGGGAGACAGAGCUUCCUGCAUGUGUGCUGGAGGAUGAAAGAUUCCAAAAGCUCUUGAAACAAGCUGAGAAGCAGGCUGAACAAUCAACGGAGGAAAAGAAGCGGGGUUUAAGUGCGGAAAAAUUGAUGAGGAAAGCUUCAAAGGAUGUGUGUCGGUUGCGAGAGCAGAGUCAGAAAGUGCCGCUCCAGGUGCAGUCAUUCAGGGAGAAGAUUGCGUACUUUACAAGAGCAAAGAUCAGCAUACCGUCUCUGCCAGCUGACGAUGUCUAACUGUACAAGGUGUUUUCUACUUGUUCAUCUUUUUUUUUUAAGAUGACAUUUUUGUAGUAUAGUUCCACGGUUUUAAAAUCUUCUGUUUUACAUCCAACUUUAGAUAUUAUUUGUUAAAAACACACAGUACAUUAUGCUCUGGUAUAUAAUAUUGGUUGUUUUUUAAAGGCUAGAAAAAAGCACUCUCCCCUCCUCUACUCUGCCCAAAUCUUCCACACCAGAAAACCAAAGUAGAAUACUUCCAGAACACUGAUGCUAAUUUUGUACAGUUUGUAUGUAUUACAGAUGUGCUACUAUUUUGUAAAGAUGGAUCUAAGGAACAGAGGCAGUACCUAGUGUGUAUAUCCUGUUGAACUGCACUGUGUCGAGAAAUAUUAUGUUCAACAGGAGGUUUUGUUUCACUGCGGUUUUUUCCACAAAAGCAGACUGUGAAGAUGGCUCUUAGGCCAUGCAAUAUUUUUGUACAAAGUGUGAUUUUUUUUUAGUAGCUAGCAACAAAAGCAAAUCCUCUUCCAAAACCGCAAGGCUGCCUCAUGCAAACAGGUGCUGUUUAGAUUUCUGUCACCUACAUUGGAACUUACAACUCUGAACCCAUUUUUCCUUUUUAUCUUUCUUGGUAAGAAGGAAGAGGCAUGGGAUACUGAAUUGCAGGAGUAUAAUUUCAUGAAUGUAUUGGACUUUGAGCUGUAUUAGGAUGUUCAAGUUUCCUUGCAAAUCUCUGAAAACCGAGAGAGAUAAUAUGGGCAAGGCUGUAACCCUGCAAUGUGUUUAAACUGAAACUACCCAAAGGGCAGCUGUUUUCUAAAACUGGACUCAGGUUCAUGCAAAAAGUAUUUAAACCUGAGUCAUCAAAUACUGGAAGGUAAAGCUAACACUUAAAAAUAACAUUGUAGCCAGUAGCCUGUAGGACUAGUCAAGUUUAUAGAGCCCAAACAGACCCGUGCAAUUUUCUUACUGGUUCUUAGGAAAUUCAUUGAACUAAGUACCAAUAUAUAUUAUUGUUGGUAUAGAAAUUUCUUCUAAGAAAACCCCAUAAUAUGGAGCACUUAAAAUGAUGUAUUAGUAGGAUAAAGAUUAAAUAUACCACAUAGGCUGAUUCCUAAAUUAAUCGUGGCACAAUAAGGAAUAAGCAUGAUCUAGGUAUCUAUAUAAUUAGAAACUUAGCUUGUUUAAACAGGAGUUUCUAUUGAUAAAAGGUAAAAGACGAUAUGAAUGUGUUUGUCAGAAUUAGAAUUGGAAACAAUUUUCUGUUACUCUUCAAAGCAGUAUAUAUUUGCAAGGGUGCAUAUAUAUGUAUACUUAGCAUGUUCAUAGCAGUGGUCAAUCUGAGUGUCAUCUAGCAUCAGUUGGCUGACUAAGUUUGAUGUCAUCACCAUUUGCAGACAAAAAUGUCAUCAUUCUGCCUGCCUUUAGUUUGUCUACUGCUGUGAUGUCACAGGAGGAGCUGAGCAGCCCAGAACAAGGCACAUGGUUGCUAAGAGGGGCUGGGAAACGUAGCAGUAAUAAGCAACAUUUACUAAAUUAAGGCUGCCCAAUUAGGCCUUAGCUAGACCUAAGGUUUAUCCUGGGAUCAUCCCGGGUUCAUCCCUGUUCAUGUAGAUGACACACAGGGGAUCCCUGGAGCAAGCAGGGAUGACCCCAGGAUAAACCUUAGGUCUAGCUAAGGCCUGAGUCAGGUGUAAACUCCACUAAACUCAAUAGGACUUUUGAGUAUACAUUUAUAGGCUCAGGCUCUAAGCCCCAUAAAUACUGCUUACAGACCAUGGAAUUUCAGAUGAUGGUGUGCAAGUUGAUUGAAUAGUUUUAGAGCCCUUUGAUGAGCACAAAUAAAUGACAGUUUCUUCUUAUGUAUGUCAUACAUACAUACACUAUAUAUGAAAUCCACUAAGGAAACAAAAGGGCUUAGGCUGUUUCAAUACUGUCCAUUUUGCAACACAUUGUAUAUUGACAUGUUGUAUUUAAUUUUCCCAGAAUGUAAUAGUCUUGCGUAAAGAUUAGGAGAACAGAAUUACAAUAUGUUUGUUGCCAUCUUUAAAAUUACUGGUAAAAAAAUGUGCCUUAAUUUAUGUUUGUAAAUCUCCCCAAGGGUUCUCUUAUUUUGCAGAGGUCUUUGUAACUAUUCAGAUUCUUUAAAAAGUCCUUCAAAACUGGAAGUAGUCAGUAUCAGUAAACUAACUCUACCUGAGUCUUCAUGGAUGCCCCCUUUUUGUUUUACCUAUGUUUUAGAAGUAAUCUAAACACAUACAUGCCAUUCAUUCUGCUGAGGUCAAUCUCUAAAAACUAAAGUUUCAAAAUUAUUUAAUAUAGAAAUGAAGGUUGACUGUUUCAGUUUCUCAGUUUGACAAUAUAAUAUGUUUGUAGAAUGAUGUAUAGAGUUGUAUCUUGUGAUUUAUUUAUUUUCAGUCUUAUUUAUGUACUGCUUAAUAUAGUUCAGUUCUGGCCAUUUAAAAUUAGCGGGUUAAAAAUGCUACUGUGAGAAAUGUAUACAGCUUUCUAGAUACUUAUCAGGCAAGCUGUUUACACACACACACUGAAUUUCAGAAAGAACCAAAAAGGAUUCUCUCUGAUAAAUCAUUAAUAUUAGCAAGAAUAUUUUUUUCGCUGUUUGCAAAUCUUAUUCAUUUAUAACAUAAGAGAGAUCUACCAUGCAUUAAUACAUUCUCUCACGUCCUAAGAUCUUAGUAAUACCAACUCAUUUUUACGAAUUCAUUUUGAACAGUUCUGGGUUUUUCUAUACUAAUCUAGUUUAUUUACAGUAAUGAAGCAACAAGCAGUGAUGGAACAAUUUUGAAAAACAUGGACAUGGACAAAUAUCAAUCAAGUUUCAUACUAUACAAAUAUUGCAUUUAUCAUAGGAUUUACCUUCACAGGCUAGAACAAACAAUCUUCAUACUCCCAUUAUCAGUAUGUUAGUACAUUUCUGUAUAUCAAAUUAUUAGUAUUACAGGUAUAAGACAAUAAUUAUUGUUUAGCCAAAUGAAUCAAAUUUCAACUUUUUACCUUAUUGUUACACUUAAGUAUAAAAUGCUCAGGACUGAACUAAAUAUUUAAUCAGGUUAUAUUGCAAAUGUCUUUCUGUCCUAAUAUUGUCUGUAAAUGUACACACGUACAUCACCUAGAUUAACUUUCGUCUCUGCACUUUCCAUAAGUUUCAGUGAUUUGGAAAAAAAAUACAGUUUUUUUAACAAA